AUGCCGGUUCAUCAUCACCAUCACACUCACCAUGUGUCUCUUCUGAAGAUCAAGAAGAUCUUCUCGAAACAUUCUUCGCACGGGAAGAAGUUGACUCGUGAUGAGGCUCGCUCGGCUCUUCAUGACAUUGAGCACUUGGCCAAAGAGCUCCAUUUCCAGAAGGUGUUCGAUCAUCAUGCUCAUGACGGACAUAUUUCGUUGAAGGCCUUCCUCGAAUUCAUCGCUCCCCACCACGGACACCACACCCAUCACGCUCACCACGCUCACGGUCAUCCAGGACACCACGAGGUCCACCAUCACCAUCAUCAUGUGGCUGCAAAGGACUCGAGCUCAUCUAGCUCCUCCUCCUCGAGCUCCAGCUCCAGCUCUUCGAGCUCCUCGAGCUCAUCGUCCUCGGAAUCUGAAGACGAGAAGCAUCACCAUAAGAAGCACGCGAAGAAGCAUCUUAAGAAGAGAGCCCAUAAGAAGGCCGAGUCCAGCAGCUCCAGCUCCUCCAGCUCUAGCUCCAGCUCCUCCUCCUCAUCGUCUUCUUCGUCAUCAUCCUCAUCUGAAUCCGAAGACGAGAAGCACCAUCACAAGAAGGCCAAGAAGCACUUGAAGAAGCAUCAUAAGAAGAUUGAGUCUAGCUUUUCCUCGAGCUCCAGCUCCAGCUCUUCUAGCUCCUCUUCUUCAUCGUCCAGCUCAUCUGAAUCAGAAGACGAAAAGCAUCACCAUAAGAAGCAUGCUAAGAAGCACCUGAAGAAGCACCAUAAGAAGGUGGAGAGCUCUUCCUCCUCGAGUUCCAGCUCAUCCUCCUCCAGCUCCUCCAGCUCCUCUUCCUCAUCUUCAUCUUCGUCGGAAUCUGAAGACGAGAAACAUCACCAUAAGAAGCAUGCUAAGAAGCACGUGAAACAUCACAAGAAGGCCGCUUCCUCUUCUUCAAGCUCUAGCUCAUCAAGCUCGAGCUCCUCCUCCUCCUCAUCGUCUUCUUCAUCAGAAUCUGAAGACGAGAAGAAGAAGGUGCACAAGAAGAAGCACGUAAAGAAGCAUCACGGAAAGAAGCAUCAUAAGAAGGCAGUGUCUAGCUCUAGCAGCUCGUCUAGCAGCUCCAGCUCCAGCUCAUCUUCGUCAUCUUCGGAGUCAGAGGCUGAAAAGAAGGAGCAUCAUGAGGAGCACAAGGAGCAUCAUCAUGAGCCACAUCACGCUCAUGGAGAGCACCAUGCUCAUCAUGAGCACAAGGAUGGUCACCACGCUCCACACCACGGGGAACACCAUACCGCCCACCAUGGAGAGCAUCAUCACGCUCCCCACCACGAGCACGGGACCCAUCACACCGCCCAUCAUGAGCACAAGGAUGGCCACCACGCUCACGGAGAACACCACCACGCCCCACAUCAUGGCGAGCACCACACCGCCCAUCAUGAACAUGGAACUCAUCAUCAUGUCCCUCAUCAUGAGCACGGAACCCACGGACACCAUGCCACCCAUCAUGAACAUGGAACCCAUCAUGGAGAGCAUCACGCUCACGGAGAACACCAUCACGCUCCUCACCACGAGCAUGGAACCCACGGACACCAUACCGCCCAUCACGGAGAGCAUCACCACGCUCCACACCACGAGCACGGCCAUCAUACCGCCCAUCAUGAACACAAGGAGGGACACCACGCUCCCCACCAUGAGCACGGACACCACACCGCCCAUCAUGAGCACAAGGAUGGUCACCACGAGCAUGGGACCCACGGACAUCAUACCGCCCAUCACGGAGAACACCACCACGCUCCUCACCACGAGCAUGGGACCCAUCACACCGCCCAUCAUGAGCACGGGACCCACGGACACCAUACCGCCCAUCAUGAACAUGGAACCCAUCAUCAUGAGCCACACCACGGGGAACAUCAUCACGCCCCUCAUCAUGCCCACCACGAACAUGGGACCCAUCAUACCGCCCAUCAUGAACACAAGGACGGACAUCAUGCCCCACACCACGGAGAGCACCACGGACAUCACGCUCCACACCACGAGCAUGGAACUCAUGGACACCAUACCGCCCAUCAUGAACAUGGAACCCAUCAUCAUGCCCCACACCAUGAGCAUGGGACCCACGGACACCAUACCGCCCAUCACGGAGAACACCAUCACACCCCACAUCAUGCCCACCACGAGCACGGAACCCAUGGAGAACACCACCACGGAGCCCAUCACGCCCCACAUCACGGCGAGCAUCAUCAUGUUGCCCAUCACGGACACCACCACUCCGCGCCGCACCACGGAGAGCACGGACAUCACGGACAUGGAGAUCAUCACCAUGCCCACCAUGAGCACGCCGUCCACGGACACCACGGACACCACGGAGAGCACGGAGAGCACGGAGAGCAUCACGAGCACCACAAGGAGAAUGCCGGUGGAAAGCAUCAUGGACACCAUAAGAAGCAUUCAAAGAAGCACGCGAAGAAGUCGCAUAAGAAGGGUCACCGUCAUUAG